AUGGGUGUACGUCCAUGCGAUAUUUCCAGGCAACUUUUGGUAUCUCACGGUUGCGUUUCGAAAAUUUUAAGUCGUUUUUACGAAACAGGUUCAAUUAGACCAGGAUCGAUCGGUGGGAGUAAAACAAAGGUUAUUUUUUUAUAUAUUUUUAAAAAAAAUUCUUUUCAUGUAACAACACCCACGGUCAUAAAAAAAAUACUUAAAUUUAAACAAGAAAAUCCCGGGAUGUUUGCAUGGGAAAUCAGGGAUCAGCUUUUGACACAAAAAAUUUGCGAUCCUGCAACAAUACCAAGUGUAUCUUCGGUCAAUAGAAUAUUACGAAACAGUGGAAUAUGUUGUAAUACGGAUAUUCAAAUCCCUUCAUCGGGAAAUCUAUGGCAAAAAAUCUCUGGAGAAACGGAUAAUCCUCCAAAUUUACAUUCGAAUUAUUUUCCGAUUUCGCCAUCAUGUCAAAUCCCCCAGUACUCAAUACCAAUGAAACUUCAACAUUUAAAUUCGACGAGUAUUUUUUCCGAACCGGAAAUGCGAAGAAAUGUUAGACCACAAAAUGAAACAUAUUCCUGGAGUCAACAGUGUAAAUUUGGACCUUUUGUUGUAAGCACAGCAACCGGAUAUUCAUACAAAAGCGGAGAAAAUGAAUCGAAAAAUAAUAAUUUUGUGUAUGAAUCAACGGAUGACAAAGAAGAAAAUAAAAAUAUAGUGACAAAUAAGUGUAAUGAAUUAAAUAAUAAAUAA